UCCAACAUUAAACAAACAAAAGAAAAAAAAAAAAAAGAGUCGCUUCUUUUUUGCUUGCCAAAAAGAACAAAGAGAAGAGGGAAAGGAGAGAUUGAGCCAAGAACCAAUCUCUCUUUUUCUUCAAAUAUUUCUAUCUUUUCAAUCCUUUCUCCCAAAUAUUUGCAAUAAUUCUCAACAUUUCUAUUUCCUCCCUCCCUCUAGUUCUGUUUUUGCAUUGGCAUUUGACGUUUCUUUGCAUCUUUCCCAUAUAAUCUCUUUCAUUUGGUUAAUUACCUGUUUUUUCCUUUUCGAUACUUUUCGUCAUGGAAUCCAUUGACAUCAACCGUGUUCGAGCUUUGUCGUCUCCUGAAUUAGCAAAUCCCUUGACCAGUCCACGACAACAUCAUGUUGAUCAAAACUUUGUCGGAGUAUCUACCAAUGUGAGGAUUUUAUUGAAACUAAUCCAUGAGUACAAAGAGGCUUCCGUGAAAGGAAACGAUGGAAGCAAAAAUCAAAGGAUAUCUGAAAUGAUGCAAAUAAUUGAUGAAGUAAAAUCCCAAAUUUUAAAAUCUCAGUCUCUUGGUAAGAGAAAGGAAGCUGCGCUUAGAAGGUGCAAUACGGAUCUUAGGCGAAACGUUCCAAAGGACAAAAAGACGAAUGAACCAAUAAUAACCGAUGAGAAGGAGAGGUUGAGGAGAGAGCUGAAUGCAAGCGUCGCUGCACGUAAAAGCCUUGAAAGUAUAUGUUCGAGCAUCGGAAAGGAGAAGGAGAUCAUUGCGAAGGAGCUAGCAAGGACGGUUCAACAACUACACGGAAUGGAAGAACAUGUUAAUGAUCUCAAAGCACAAAAUGAAAUGCUGAUGUGCAAAGUUCAAGCUUGUGUUGCUGAGCAUAGAGUGAAGAAAAACAACGUACCUGAUGCACAAGGCAACAUUGAAGCCCUCCAAAAGAGAAACAAAGUGUUGACAGAACAACUUCUCAAGUCGCUCGAUGCAUACCGUUCCUUAAAGCGAAAGCUAAAGGAACAUCAAGAGAAAAGGAACGGAACUAAUGCAAGAAUGGAAGAAAUGGGAAUCCAAGUACGAGCAGGACUUAAUAGGAUUCAUAGCUUUAAAGAAAUGAUGAUCACUCAAACUGAUGAUGAGAAACAGAUUGACAUUGAACAAGAGAUCUCUGCAUUAGAGCAUAUGUUCAAAUGCUUCGACUUCGAGAUAUCCAAACAAGUCAAGAUCAAGAAGCACCCCCUCGAAUGUAAACACGACCGCAUCAAUGCUGAUAAGUGACUAUUUCCUGCUCGAGUUUAUAAUAGAAACAGCAGCUCACAGCCACAAUAAUUCCUAGUCCAAAUCCUACUUUUUUUGUUUGGAACAACAAUGGGGAUGGCCUUGAGUGUUGAGAAAAUAGAAGUAAUUGAGAUUAGUGAUGGUACAUUGACACCUUUAUUUGUUUUGUUGUGAUCAUGUACUGUUCAAAUGUACUAGUUCAGUUGCUCUAGUUUUAAUGUACUGUUUGAACUUUAAACCAAGCAAUAAUUCAGCAGGAACUUCUACUUAAA